AUACAAAAGUGACUAGGAAAUACUUCUCCUCCCCGAAAGACCCUGAGUUGCUCUCAGUUUCAUUGAGCCGUAUUCCUGUCUGUUCUAUCCUUCAUUUCAAUCUUCAACCACGAACCCAACCCUAGCGGCAAGCCCGUUUCUAAGCCUCGCCGGCGCACAACCCUGGCCCCUUUCUCAAUCUCGCCGGCCCACUCCCUCUCUGAAUCUCGACGGCGUAACCGUAGUUGGAGUUGUUUGAACGGAGACACGUGCAGAGUUGGAGCCGUUCGUCGAGUUCAGGGCAAGUGUUUUCCCUUGGAUGAUCUUGGUGCAUUUUUCAAAUUAUGAAUGCAACACUAGAGGUCAGUCACUCAUUUGUUAAGUUGAGGGAAUUGCCCAAGAACUAAAGUUAUUUACUUGUCAUCCUAUGUAAGAGUUUUGUAUUAUAUGGAUGCAAGAAGUGCAUGUCGUUCUUCCAUUAGAAGAAGUGAUACUGAAAUGCAACAUCUAAUAAAGCUUCUUGAACGGGAUCAAUAUAUUUAUUGGCAUAGAUUAAAGGAUAAAGACGUGGUACGUGAUAUCUUUUGGUGUCACCCUGAUACAGUGAAGUUAGUCAAUGCAUGUAAUUUGGUAUUUUUUAUAGACAGUACCUACAAAACAAACAGGUACAAACUCCCACUACUUGAUUUUGUUGGGGUGACACCAACAGGGAUGACAUUCUCUGCUGGUUUUGCAUAUCUGGAGGGUGAACGUCUUAAUAAUGUGGUAUGGGCUUUAAAACGAUUUCGAGGUAUAUUUUUAAGACGCGAUGCCCUUCCUGGAGUUAUUGUGACUGACAGAAAUCUAGCAUUGAUGAAUGCAGUGAAAACUGUAUUUCCUGAGUGUACAAAUUUGUUGUGCAACUUUCACAUAAAUAAGAAUAUCAAGGCUAAAUGUAAAUCAUUAAUUGGUUCAAAACAUGCUUGGGAGUAUGUCAUGGAUGCCUGGGGAAGUUUGGUUGAUUGUCCUUCUGAGCAACAGUUCGAUGAAUGCCUGAAAAAGUUUGAAAUGGCUUGUUCACCUUGGCCAAUGUUUGUUGAUUAUGUCAACGAAACAUGGAUAAUCCCACACAAGAAAAAAUUUGUUACUGCUUGGACAAAUAAGGUGAUGCACUUAGGAAACACAACAACAAACAGGUUUGAAUCUGCUCACUGGGCUUUAAAAAGAAUGUUACAGAAUAACCUUGGAGACUUAUGCAGUGUCUGGGAUGUCAUGAACAACAUGAUGACGCUGCAGCACACUGAAAUUAAAGCAUCCUUUGAAACAAGUACACAUGUAGUUGGAUAUGUCUUUAAAAAAACCUUAUACAAGAGACUUCUUGGAAUGAUUUCAAGAUAUGCUUUAAAUCAGAUUGCUGCUGAGUUUGAGCGUGUACAUUAUGCUGGCAAGAAUCCUUCCACUUGUGGUUGUGUUAUGAGAACUACACACGGUCUUCCUUGUGCAUGUGAACUAUCUAAAUAUGUUCUUGGUUGCAUCCCAUUAGAUUCAAUUCAUAUGUUUUGGAGGAGACUCAAUUUUUCAGAUCAAGGGUUAUCUAUGUUCGAAGUGAGCAUCAAGGAAGAGAUAGAAAUCAUAUUUAAAAGAUUUGAAGAACUUGAUGUUUGUGGUAAGUUAAUGCUGAAGAGUAAACUUCGGGAAAUUGCAUACCCUGAUCAAAAUUCUAUGUGUCAUCCUCCAGCAAAGGUUAACACAAAAGGUGCACCGAAGAAAUCGAUGAACAGAAAUCCAAGGUCAACAAAGCGUGAUCCAUCUUACUGGAAGUAUGUAGAUGCUUUUCAUUCUGUGCAAAAUAGCAAUUCGUCAGUGAGGCAUAGUGUAUCAUCUUCUUAUCAGCCCAAUCCAAGAAGGAUCAUGCCUAUGUUGGACCAAUUUCAGUCAUUUAUCCAGGAUUUCAUUGAUAACAUUGUGGAUGUCAAACCUGACAGAAACUGUGGAUAUCGAUCGGUUGCUAGUUUAUUAGGUAUGGGUGAAAACUCUUGGUCGUUGGUCUGCAAUCAUCUGCUUAAAGAACUUGACAAAUUUUCAAAUGACUAUAUUAAGCUCUUUGGUGGCAUGGACAGAUUUAAGGAAUUAAGGAUGUCACUACUUGUUGAUGGGUUAACCAAGGUGAAUAUGGAUAAGUGGAUGGAUAUAAUCGACAUGGGAUAUGUUAUUGCAUCAAGGUAUAAUGUAAUCCUUGUAUUAUUGUCUCAACAGCAAAGCAUGACAUUUUUUCCUCUUAGAAGUCAACCACCCACAGAUUCCUCAGUGCAUCGCAUAAUUUGUGUCGGUCACGUCUAUAACAAUCAUUUUGUUCAGGUUUAUUUAAAAGACUGUUGUCCUUUACCGCCUGUAUCAUUGUUAUGGUCUAGGAAUUGUUAUCCUCAAGCAAAACAUUGGCCAACUUUAUAUAUUAGUAGAAUGCAGCAUUACCAAAGCUUCAUGAUGUUCAAAAGAGACUAUGUUGAUAUAAAUGAAGACUGAACAUGUACCUUUUAAUGGUUGAUUGUUAUGAAUUUUAAUAUCACAUUAGAGUUAUAUGUCUUUGUAUAUUUGUUGAA